CUUGAACUUGGUCCUCUUACUCCGGGUCUCUACGACAACCUAGUGCCUAGCAAGCCAACCGUCAUCCGUGCCCGCGUUGCAGCCACUCGGAGCGGUCACCCUUCUCCUCGCAUUCCUGUGCCUGACCUUGCCAGGUUGCCUUUCCUACCAGGUUUAUCCCGAGGAAUUCAUUCUGGUUCCACGUUGCCGCAAACUAGUUCGCAGCUCAAUUUUGGAGAACCUGUACUCUUUAGCAGUGCUCUUGCUACUUCUGUUGUUCCAAUCAGCCUUGAGCAGAACAGUAAACCGGUUUGCUCUUUGGGAUUGCUUUCUGCCAACAGGGGCCUUCGAAACGCUUUAGAUUGCAUCAAUUCCUCACCAUCCCCAUCGCUUUCCUCCUCAUCCUCCUCUUAUUCUACUUCACUUCACACUUAUCCCACUGCUUUUGUGUCCUCUUCAUCCUCUACCUCGAUGCUGCCUAUAACGUCCGGGACCAUCACUUCCUGCCAUACCUCUUUGCUACAUUCAAGCCCGUCUACCAAUGGCAAUACAAUGAUGAGUAGUGAAAACUCCGAUUUCGAAUCUAUUGGUCAUUCUGAUGUUAAUGUACUGGGUACCCUCAGCCGUACUAAUGCAACUAGGCUUAAUCAAUCGGGAAUGACCCAUAGGUUGCCAACUUCUUCUAGAAGCCGACAGAACGCAUUCGUUAGACCUGUGAGGUAA